GGUUAAUGGCUCCUCCUGCUACAGACUGAGACGAAGCUGGCACCGAGCAGCGAUACGGGGGGAGCUGUAACACCACGGAGGGGGGAAAAAAAGCGAUUACACCCCAAAUACCAGCGGGUUUUUUGAUCGCAAUUGUUUGGGUGUAUCUCGGAACGGCGCGGAGCGGGUGUUAGUUUGGGUCGAGGGCUACAUUUUCAAGCGUGUGGUCGAGAAUAGCCUAUUUUUUUUCUCAACCACCAACUCCCCAGAUGAACUCCGUCAGAGCCACCAACAGGAGACCCAGGCGAGUGUCAAGGCCGCGCCCGGUGCAGCCCGAACGGAACAACGGGGACAGAGAUGAGGAGGCUCCUGCAGCAGCUGCAGCAGAAAUGGCUAUUGAGGAGUCUGGUCCAGGAGCUCAAAACAGUCCCUAUCAGCUUCGACGCAAGACCCUGCUUCCCAAGAGAACCGCUACUGCCUCUGCCACCGCCUCUGCCUGCCCCAGCAAGGGCCCAAUGGAGGGAGCUUCGACUUCAUCAACAGAGGCCUUUGGCCAUCGAGCCAAGCGGGCACGAGUGUCCGGUAAGAGCCACGAUCUGCCAGCAGCACCAGCAGAGCAAUAUUUGCAGCAGAAGCUUCCAGAUGAGGUCGUUUUAAAGAUCUUCUCCUACUUACUGGAACAGGACCUCUGUCAGGCAGCUUGUGUCUGCAAGAGAUUCAGCCAGCUAGCCAACGACCCCAUCCUCUGGAAGCGUCUAUACAUGGAGGUGUUUGAGUACACGCGUCCCAUGAUGCAUCCUGAGCCCGGCAGGUUCUACCAAGUCAGCCCCGAGGAGCAUGAACACCCAAACCCCUGGAAGGAGAGCUUCCAACAGCUGUACAAAGGUGCUCAUGUAAAACCAGGCUUUGCUGAGCAUUUCUACAGUAACCCCGGAAGAUACAAAGGCAGAGAGAAUAUGCUGUAUUACGACACCAUUGAGGAUGCACUGGGUGGAGUGCAGGAGGCCCACUUUGACGGUCUAAUUUUUGUCCACUCUGGCAUUUAUACAGACGAGUGGAUUUAUAUAGAGUCUCCCAUCACGAUGAUUGGUGCAGCUCCUGGUAAAGUAGCAGACAAGGUGGUGAUAGAGAAUACUAGGGACUCGACAUUUGUCUUCAUGGAGGGCUCAGAGGAUGCCUAUGUGGGAUACAUGACCAUCAAGUUUAAUCCUGACGAUAAGUCGGCGCAGCACCACAACGCCCACCACUGUCUGGAGAUCACCGUUAACUGCAGCCCCAACAUCGACCACUGCAUCAUCCGCUCGACGUGCACAGUGGGUUCGGCUGUGUGUGUGAGCGGUCAGGGAGCUUGUCCAAACAUCAAACACUGCAACAUCAGUGACUGUGAGAAUGUGGGACUGUACAUUACAGAUCACGCACAGGGCAUCUACGAAGACAAUGAAAUCAGCAACAAUGCGCUAGCAGGAAUUUGGGUGAAAAACCACGGUAACCCCAUCAUUAGACGUAACCACAUCCACCACGGUCGAGAUGUCGGGGUGUUCACCUUUGAUCACGGCAUGGGUUACUUUGAGAACUGCAACAUCCAUAGAAACCGCAUCGCCGGCUUCGAAGUGAAGGCCUACGCCAACCCCACAGUGGUGCGCUGCGAGAUCCAUCACGGCCAAACGGGGGGCAUCUACGUCCACGAGAAGGGACGGGGACAGUUUAUAGAGAACAAAAUUUAUGCCAACAACUUUGCUGGCGUGUGGAUCACGUCCAACAGCGACCCGACGAUACGGGGAAAUGCUAUAUUCAACGGUAACCAGGGAGGGGUGUACAUAUUUGGAGAUGGACGGGGUUUGAUAGAGAGUAACGAUAUCUAUGGUAACGCCUUGGCGGGAAUCCAGAUCCGAACCAACAGUUGCCCCAUUGUCCGGCACAACAAGAUCCACGACGGACAACACGGGGGCAUCUAUGUGCAUGAGAAAGGCCAGGGAGUGAUCGAGGAGAACGAGGUCUACAGCAACACACUGGCAGGAGUCUGGGUGACCACGGGCAGCACUCCCGUCCUCCGCAAGAACCGCAUCCACAGUGGAAAACAGGUGGGUGUGUACUUCUAUGACAACGGGCAUGGUGUGUUGGAAGACAAUGACAUCUACAAUCACAUGUACUCUGGUGUGCAAAUAAGGACGGGGAGCAACCCAAAGAUCAGGCGCAACAAGAUAUGGGGAGGCCAGAAUGGCGGGAUUUUAGUUUACAACUCAGGUCUUGGCUUCAUUGAGGACAAUGAGAUCUUUGAUAAUGCCAUGGCGGGGGUGUGGAUCAAGACGGAUAGCAACCCCACGCUGCGACGAAAUAAGAUUCACGACGGCAGAGAUGGAGGCAUCUGCAUCUUCAACGGAGGCAGAGGUCUGCUGGAAGAGAACGACAUCUUCAGGAACGCUCAGGCCGGUGUGCUAAUCAGCACAAACAGCCACCCGAUACUGCGCAAGAACCGCAUUUUUGAUGGCUUCGCUGCAGGUAUUGAAAUCACCAACCACGCCACAGCCACUCUGGAGGGCAACCAGAUCUUCAACAAUCGCUUUGGAGGCCUGUUUCUGGCCUCAGGAGUCAACGUCACCAUGAAAGAUAAUAAGAUUCUCAAUAACCAGGAUGCCAUUGAGAAGGCGGUGAGCAGAGGACAGUGCCUCUACAAGAUCUCCAGCUACACCAGUUACCCCAUGCACGACUUCUACAGAUGUCACACCUGUAACACAACGGAUAGGAACGCAAUCUGUGUAAAUUGCAUCAAAAAAUGCCAUCAAGGGCACGAUGUAGAGUUUAUACGCCAUGAUCGGUUCUUCUGUGACUGCGGAGCGGGAACGUUGUCCAACCCGUGUACGCUCGCCGGGGAGCCGACACACGACACAGACACUCUGUAUGACUCGGCGCCGCCCAUCGAGUCCAACACGCUGCAACACAACUGAAGGCAUCCGGUCCAGUUCCACUCAGUCACACAAGCAUAUAAACACAUUAAGUUGCACACAGCCAUUCACACAUACGCACGCACACAGUUAAAUAUACACACACACACACUCACACUUGCAGCCAUAAGGACCCAGAGAGACUCUGUGAUCGCAGCGCUCUCGUGCGGGAUACUGGUGAAAGAGGCUGCAGAGGAAGCUGCCCGCUGUAGCAGACAGGCUGCAGGCAGAGACGGGCUCCACUAGGGGGAGCAGUGGAGCGACCGACAGAAGCCGCAAGGGGUUCCUCACCUGAGUUUCUUAUUUGCAGUCUGUAGACAAAGAUGAGGAGAGAAGGGCAAUGCAGCUGUCGAUGGUGGCCUUCGCCUCUCUGUCAGCGCAUGAAACCCCCCCCCCUCCCUCCUUCCUCGCCUCCCACCGUUAAUCCUUGGCUCCCAGCCCUCUUCUUCCUCACAAACUGUCAAGAGACUUCCUGCUUCCUCGCAGCUGCCAUCACCAUUGGCUUCCCAGGCAGUUGUAACUAGGCAACAGAUGGGUGGAUGUUGCCCUGCUCUGUUGUGUGUGGAUAAAGAGCAAGAUUGUGUGUGUGUGAUGGAGCACUUGGGCUUUUUAAGAAAAAAAAAAUGUUCUCAAUGGAUUUUAUUUCAAUGCUUUCUCAUGUAGUUUUGUAUUUUCAAGCAAAAAGUUGAGUGUAUUUGAAUGUCUUAUUUUAUUAUAUAUAAUUAUUUUCCUUUGGUUAGCACCCAUCCCGACCCCAAGGCAGAGCGCAGACACUCAAGCGUCCCAGUGGUGAAGUUCUUUCUGUGAAAGAGAAUUUAAACACUAAAAACCCUCUCCGGUAUAUUAGCUUAAAUGGCAGGUGGAGGGGCUCCACACUUGUACAAAGGAGUGAGUGUUGUGUACAGUGAAAGUUGUGUGUGUGUGUAUAUGUUUAUACGUUGAUGCAGUCAGUGUUUUGUGGAGAGGGUUUCAAUAGGAGGCGUUGGAGCUCCCUUGAACUGGAACGGAGUCAAUCUGCUGCCCCCCCCCCUGUGUAUCGUGGUGACUGUGGCUCCUCAUGCAGCCUGAAUCGUAUGCAUGUACCAUAACAUCUAGACUUAAUAUAUUGUGAAGUACUCAAUAACCAUUAUGUAGAUGCUAGUUGGAAUUCAAAAAGGGGUAUACUUUCUUAGAAAGACAAAAAAGAACAGGAAACUGGCCAUUUCUAAGAAAAUAAAACUUUAUUAGAUCA